AUGUCUGCUGUAUACCCAAAGCCAGAGGCUGAGAGUCCUGCGGCAAAAGAUGUAGAAGAAAAACUACAGAAGGCUGAAGCUGACAUCAGGAUCGGAAACCACGUUAGUGGAUUUUGGUUGGCACAAGAAGCUAUAGCACUUGCUGAAAGCUGCAUUGAGUGGGAUGCUGGCGAUGUUGUUUCGACACAGCAAUUGGUUGUCGUAAUGCUAAGAAGGUACAACCUGUUCAAGGAGGCUGAACAGAUAGAGGCAGAAAUUGAGUUAAACCUCGAAGACCUCAGCGAUGAAGAGACGAGAAAAACGAUACAGGAUGAAAUCAACGUACACAAGAGGCAAACACCAAACGGCCUGGAGGCGCUUGAUCAAUCGAUUCGUUCAGGUCACUCGCAACGACACUCACUCCCACAACCAUCGUUAAAUACUGGAGAACCUAGCCAUACGCCAAGUACAAAGAAAACCAUUACUGGCGUCGAGCAUGGUUUGGUAUCACAAACGUGCCCCCACCAGCCGGUUCGAAGCAUGGAUAACACGGCAGAGUUCAGCCUGGAGGAUCAUUCGAACAAGAAGCUUCAUGCGCUGAACCCAAAUGGCCGAUCUGGCACUCGUUAA